AGCGUGUCUGUUGGCGAAGUGCGCCUGUGCAGUGUGAAGCGUUUUAGUUAGUACGCCAUAAAAGAGGGCCAGGGGAGGGGGCUGGUCUGUUGUUGCCACUGGCAAACUGGGCAACUUUAUUCUAGCUUUGUCUCAAGAAAACACGCUAUUAUGGCCGGAAGGACAGCUAUCCAGCUGAGGGAACCAGCCCAUGAUCUCACCCCGCUGCUCAGUGUGUCACAGCUGACUAAUACUGUGAUCUCACCACUGUCUGUUUGUGGUACAUUUCUUUGGAACCCAAGUCUUAGACGAUGGCACAACCUCCUGACUGCGCAACACUGUUGCCACACUUUUUGUCGCAUUCAGAUAAGUCUGUAUUUUCACGACAAACGCCACUAAAUGUUUUUUAAUGAAAAAAUAUUAUAAAAGUGUGAAUGGCCGAUAAGUAAACCUGAAACCUACCAGCAGACAAAUGUUGCUGACGUCAACAUUUGUUGUUUUGGUUCUGUGGUUCUCAAAAUAAGGUAUUAGUACCCUCAAACGGUACACUGGACAGUCUAUUUUCUGAACUAUAUUGGCCAAUAACGCCGAUACAAAAAAUGGCUCUUGGUUGUUUAAUAAAGCUCUUGAAGUUUCAAAUUUGAAUUUGCGAAGUUGCAAAUUAUAAAAGGCUAAUAAUCUUAUUGAGAAUUCUCAUCUUCUUAUACUGAUCUCAGCUGAACAGGGAAGGCCUGUCCCACUGUAUUGCAAUACUGGAAAUUCGUGUGGUACUUGCAGACAAAUAUUUGAGGUUUCUGUUGUCUGACUCAGUGAAGUGGCCGCACGUCUCCUUUGGGGCAGGGGCACUUGGAAGUGGAACAAAGCCCAAGUGGGACAGGGUCGAAGCCUAUGCCCAUCUCCCAGAUGGCAACCUACAGUGAACACAAUGGUAGAAACGGACUACUUUUCAACAUGAAGGAGUCUGCGUUAGCAACCAAAAUAAAGUUGGAGUGUGAAGGAAAGACUGACGCCAAACGACUGUCCAAGGAUUUGUGCCGCUCCACUAACUCAGUGGAAAGCAACACCAGCAGCGUGGCCAGUUUCACCACUAACCACAACUCCGUUGUGUGCCUGCCUCUGGUGUCAGAAGGACUGAAACUGGUAUGGACACAGUCGGAUCAAACACGAGAACUGGACAAUGUCCCAGAACUGGUCAGAGCUUUCAACUUAUUUCCGUACCCGUCAUCCCAGGAAGUUAACACCCUCGCCAAAGCAUGUGCUUUGCCACUGGACAAAGUGAAAGUGUGGUUUAUGGUCCAGAGAAUUAAAUAUGGUAUCAGCUGGUCCUCCGAAGAAAUAGAGGAGACGCGGCGGAAGCUGGCAGUGCCUGAGCUUUGUGAUGACUCCACUGAAACCAAGGAGGAAGAAAAAAUAAAGAGCACCAGCAAUAAAAGUGAGGACGUGUUAACUGAGAGUAAGGGCAGCGAUGACGUGGGGAGAACUUUAUCUAGUUCUACUCCCCCAAAGAAAAAAACAACAUGUGAGUCACCAGAUUCCUACAAACCAGCCAAACCCUCUGUCCCAUGUUUUAGUUCCUCCCUUCCACCUCCUCAGGACUCAUACUUCUAUCGCCCACCAGCAGACACAUUAGAAAGUUCAGCAACUGAAGUCUCCCUUGACCUUUCGGAUUCAUCCUCGCCACAGAACCGUCACAGCCGUUACAAAAAAUCCAAAGUUCAGCUCGCUGCUUUGCGGAAAAGCUUUCUGAGAGAAAACUGGCCUGCAGAGGCAGAGCUGAGACGGCUGCAGGAAGAAACUGGGCUGACCCGCAAUGACAUUCGUAAAUGGUUCAGUGACAGCCGUUAUCAGCUUAGGGUAGGCCGAGGAAGCCUGGCAGCAGCCCAGAGCUAUUCUCAACACACGGUUGUGGGAGGAAAACACGAUCAACAAAGUCUUCCACUUCCACUGGUCACUCAAAACUCUCGUAAGCCAAACAGCAGUGGAACAAAAAGUUCCCAUUUCUUUCAGAACUUCUUGACACACAGCCUGGAAGCAUUUGGGGAAAAGACACUGGAGGCAGAAGAAGGCGGUGCUGUGGAAGAGCUCUCGGAUGACGCGGACAGUAUUAAAGAUCAGAUGAAGAGUGAAGAACAGCCGUUACAAUUGACAAAGAUCUGCAAAAGUGAGGAAGAUAAUCCACAAGAACUAUCAGGUGUCAUAAAAUCAUCUCCACACUCUUCCCCCCGCAGCAGCCCUCUACUGAAUACUAAACAUAAAAACAGCAGCAGCACAAAGAAGUCUUCCAACUCAGCCAAAGCCAGUCCUCUACAAACACCUUUCUCCGUCUCAGGGGCUUCAUCUACGACCACGUCACCUGCUCUGACUCCUGGUGGACGUCCAAGAAAGACCAAGGAGCAGUUGGAUAUUUUAAAGCAACAUUUCCUGCGCUGCCAGUGGCCCAAGAGUGACGAUUACACUGAACUGGUGAAGCUCACAGGUUUACCACGGGCCGACGUUAUUCAAUGGUUUGGUGACACGAGAUAUGCCGUCAAAAACGGUCAGCUUCGCUGGGUGAAAGAUGUCCGUGACCAGUUCUUGGCUGAUCUUGCAACCCAACAAGGUGGUAGCGGUUUAACGAACGACAGUGGCUCUGGGCCAGCUAAUCGGGCUGCCGGCAGCCGCAAACGGAAAAUUCAGACGAAUGGAACAAAUUCGGUUUUACCUGAUACACAGCCGUUGGUCUCAUAUUACCAUUCCAACGGCUCACUUCAUGAAAAAGACCUUGACACCUUAUGUAAAAAAUCUAAAAUGAGCUACCAGCAAGUUAGAGAUUGGUUUGCAACUCAGGAUGUUGAGGAGACUGACAAAGAACUCGUUAUUGCUGACUGAGAUACUGGAACCACCGGGCUGUGCUAUAUGACCAAAAUCUCAUUUCAUACACACUUGACUUAUCAUAAUACACACCUUUUUGUAAGAGAGUUCAUAAGACACAACACACUCUGGCCAGAUGUUCAACGUGGCUGUUCAGUUGUAGUUUUAAAAUCAUGUCCAUGAGGUUAAAAUUCACAAUGGCAAUCGGUGCUUUUGCAACAACGGCUCUAUCGUUCUGUAGGUUCUGCUCGUGCAGAGUGGUCAGAGUGCUGUUGUAAUCCUAAUCUUUGCAAAGUACUUUUAUCUGGUCUGCGUCAGACCUUACAUACGCACCACUUCUGUGCAGCUGAAGUAGCACAUUUUGGUCUUGACACACAAAUGCCUUUUUGUGUGGCAAAGUAAAACUCUAUGGCAAUACAUAUAUAUUUAAUAAAUAGAAAAAUGACAGUAUAAUGUCACUGGACGUCUUAGGAUAACUGUAGACCAGGUUGGUUGUAGCAAUCCUGUCACUUUUAGUAGAUAGACUGUCUAUAAGGCUAUGACUGGCAACUAUUGACAUCCAAUAUAAGGCUCUGCCCAUUCUCAAGUUUAGCUGAUCAAGUUGUUUGAUAAAUUAACUUUGUCUAUUAACAACAGUCUGUGGAUUUGUGUUAUAUCUCACAGCCCAAAAUGGUAUUAACAUCAAAAGCUCCUCACAUCCUUUGAACCAUCAAAGGUCUAAGUGGCUUUAAUGGGGCAGGUUUUUAUUUCCUGGUCCUCACUGCAAACCAUUAAUGAUGUGUUAUUGCAUUUCCUGCUCAUCCUAAUAUAUUUUGACUUGAACUGAAAUUUGGCUCCCUUCAAUGCUGUAUAUAAUUUGUACACUGUUACGUGUUGUUUUUGUGCUUUUUUUUUUAGUUUUUUUAGUAUGCUGUUAGUGUAAUUUAAACUGGUCGUACGUUUGGUACCUGGAAAUGGCAGCAAAGCGACUGCUCUGGAAAGUCUUUGUGUUUUUUAAAUUUGCUGGCCGAUUACUGUGUGUCAUCAUUCCUUUACAGCCAAUAAUUCCUCAUGAGAAGCACACACUGGACAUGUACACUUUAAACUGACAUCUUGCACUUUGGUUUCAGGGCCUGCUGCCAUUAUGUUUAUUAAAUCCAUUGAUUUCAAGAAAAUGACAAACUCUUCAAUAAAUCGUGUCAUUGUUUAUCACUUAAAAAUGACACUCGGAUUCAUUUCUACUAAUUUAUUUUGGUUUCUACACAUUGUUACACUGUACUUUUUGGUUUUGUUGUCUAUUACAUUGCUUGUCAUUUACAUUUAAUCAACUGUUCACAGUAACUGUUGACAGAAAUAUUAAAGCACCAUUAGUUGAA